GAGGGGAUCGAGAAGAUCGUUUGUUAUCGUCAUCAGUUCUCAAGGUAUAUAUACCAGCACACACCCCUAUCCACCUCGACUUUCGCACCCUUCUUCCCUCGACCCCAACAGAUUCACGCAUACCACUUACCACCUUAUAACCCACCUACCAACCACAAACACUACUAUCAAAAUGUUCAGGUCCACCAUCGCCCGAGUUUCCCGACCCAUGGCUACCCGAGGGUACGCCGACAAGUCCGUCUCCGAGACCGUCGGUGACGCUUUGAAGAGCGCCGCCAAGGCCUUCUCGGCUGGUGAUGCUACUGGCGACAAGGCCGGUAGCGUCGGAGGCAAGUUCAGGUCGGACGGAGAGAUCGGCAAGGAGGGAGAGAAGGUCGGAGGUACCUUCUCUUCCAAGGCCGAUGGAGCCGUCGGAUCGCAGUUCGAGAAGGACGGUGCCGUUGGCGGAACCGCCCAGAAGGCCAGCGACAAGGUCUGGGACGCCGGCAAGGCCGUCAAGGGCGAGAAGUAAACAUGCUCUUCUCGAGACCAGCACGUUUCCUACUUAUGGAGGAGAGUUAGGUUGUAUCCCAUUACAGUAAACCGUCAUAACAACUUGAAAUGUUAAAUGUGAAUAACGAAAAACAUCAUCACAAGGCAUCGCCGUCUGGGUGGGUCGUUGUGCGUAUCAGUAGAUGUAUUUAGAAAGCAGAGACAUAGGCUAGGCAGUAGCUUCAGAGGGAGUUGAGUUGCAAGGUAUAAAGUCCUUAGGUCUACGAAGCCAUCUGGCCGGACGACUCAACAAACGCAGGGUCGGAAUCUUCAAUCACCGUGCAAGACUUACCGUGGCACCACGCUAAGACGAGCGUUGGAAUCAGACCAAGAUGAGCCAUCCUUCUUGUCCACC